AACUUUGUCAUCAAACCCAACCCCCGUCCUAUCUUUCUCUGCAUUUCGCCACUUUAAUUAACUUUGCCACAUAUUUAUCUUGUUAGGCUAUUAAUAGUUCUCAUCUACUAGAUUACAUAGGAAAAUAAUAUGAUAUGGUUGGCUAACAAUUAAUAUAUAGCAUCACCCAACUGCUGCUAAUUGAAGUUUUGUUGCAAAAAUCUUGUGAGACUCUCUCCACUCAUGUGAUUGCUUUAAUGUGGUUACCACCACCACCACCAAUAUAUUUAAAUUCUACACCGCCAUAUAUUCAUUCAUCUACUUUGCUUCAUCAGAUAGAUAGAUAGAUAUGAAAGACUUGUCCUUUUUCCUCCUCAACAAGUCACACAUGAAAAGAGGCCUCAACAACUUGUGCACCGGUCAUGCCUCAACCUCCACUCUCAACCAGCAAAACUCACCGGAGAGCCACCGCCAGCAGCAGCCCACCCUCGAGGAGAUGAUCAUGCAACUUGACUUGGAGGAAAAAAUGGCCGCUAGACCAAGCCUUCACCUUCACCACCGGAUGUCGUGUGUCAACAGUUCUGACAUUCUACGGUCUGCCAGAAACGCCCUGAAUCAGUACCCGAGGUUUUCUCUUGAUGGCAAAGACGCCAUGUAUCGAUCUUCAUUCCGAAAUUUUGAUCAUGGAAUUAACCGACGGUUGCCUGCAAAAGUUGCAGGGGAGAGGGUGAUCUGGUGCAGACCGGGUGUGGUAGGUAGGCUAAUGGGGCUUGAGGCCAUGCCAAUUCCCAUAAGACCAAAGCACAAGAAGAUGAACAUGAACAUGAACUACUCUUCUUCCUCUUCUUCUUCUUGUCUUGUUAGAAAGAAAAAUCUGAUGAGAAGUUCCGCCAGACAAGAAGAAAUUCAAAGGACAAAGGAUCAAGUGGGCUGGCCCAUGGGUCGCUUUAUGUAGUAGUAGUAGUAGUAAAGGAGUUUUCCUAUUGUACUAGAAAUGAAUAACAUUAUUUAUACUUGUUUCAACUCCACGUUUCAUUCGUAAUACAACAAAACAUUUCUUGACCUGACCUGAG